AUGGUUCCUUCACUAGUCGCUACUUCAGAGACUGCCGCGUCGUUAGAAUCUCCAAGCUUCGCUACACUCGAUCGCAUUUUUUCAAGAUUUGCACCGGACGGAAAAUUCGAAUCGUACAAAAGAAACGCUAACUACUCCGUUGCCAUAAUAGUUCCAUAUCGCGACAGAGAAAGUCAUCUCAGAACCUUCCUUUACAACAUAAUACCUUUUCUCGAAAAUCAAGAAGCUUCAUACACUAUUUUCAUCGUCGAACAGAUAGCCAAUCAAACCUUCAACAAAGGCUUACUGACGAACGUUGGUUUUCUGUACGCUGAACGGAGCGCCGAAAAGUUUUCAUGUUUCAUUUUCCACGAUGUCGACCUUCUUCCAGAGGACGACAGGAAUAUUUACAGGUGCGGGAAGCAGCCGAGACACUUCGCCGCUGGGAUAAAUAAAUUCAACUACAAGUUGCCAUACGAAGGCUACGUUGGAGGAGUCAUUGGAUUGACUGGCUACCAGUACCGGAAAGUGAAUGGAUACAGCAACGCCUACUGGGGGUGGGGCGGCGAGGAUGACGAUAUUAAUUAUAGGAUUGGAAGAGCAGGAUUCACCGUGUCCAGAUAUAGAGAUCCGGUCUGCAGGUACACAAUGAUUAAGCAUGAAGCGGAUCUCGGAAACGAGGUUAAUCCGUGUCGAUAUAAGCUGUUAGAAGAUUGGCGAAAACGGAUGUAUACUGAUGGCGUGAACAGUGCCGUUUACAAACUUGUCCUAGUUGAAAAGCUUGCAUUUUUCACGAAAUUAAUGGUCGAUGCGCUCCCGGAGGUCAAUAAGAAAAAGUACUGUUGA